CCGUAUCACCAACAGCAGCUCUUAACAAGAGAGGAAGGCGAACUGUACACGCCGAGCUACCGCGUCCUCUUCCACUUCAAAGACAUGGAGACAGGGGAGACGCGGCAGGUAUCACCGUGGCACGACAUUCCACUCUACGUGCGUUCGCUGGUGAGGACGAAACCCGAGACGGCACCGAUGAAUCGCUACAACUUCAUCUGUGAGAUCCCCAAAUGGACUCGUGCGAAGUUUGAGAUCGCCACGGGGGAGCCAUUCAAUCCCAUUAAGCAGGAUAUCAAAAACGGUGUCCCGCGCUUCUACAAGCAUGGCGACAUGAUGUGGAACUACGGUGCGAUGCCGCAGACGUGGGAAAGUACUGAUGUCAUCUUCGAAGGCGGUGUCCACGGCGACAACGACCCGAUCGAUGCCAUUGAGAUUGGCAUGUCGCAGCUGAGGGUUGGGCAGGUGGAGGCGGUGAAGGUGCUCGGUGUUCUUGGGAUGAUUGACGACAACCAGAUGGACUGGAAGGUGAUAUGCAUCUCACACAACGACCCCAUAUGCCGCUUUCUGAAGGAUAUCCACGAUGUGCCGAAGUUCCUCCCUGGGUGCCUCGAUGCCAUUCGUGAGUGGCUCCGUGUGUACAAGAUCUGCCAGGGUGGUGUGGAGAAUAAGUUUGUCUUCGAUGGAGAGUUCAAGGGCAAGGAAUUCGCAAUGAAGAUUAUUGACGAGUCUCAUUACAUGUGGGGUAACCUUCGAAAGAUUAACCGAAAAGAUAGUGUCUGA